GCUCCAUUCCAGAGAAGCUCACGGUCGGGUAUUUGUCCUGUCCGAGUCUCCGUCGUGCAAGGGCACGUUUAGUUGCAGUUAGGCGGCGCGCGCGCGCGCGAGAGAGAGGUGGCAUUGGGCAAGCGGCAGCAGCCUUGCUUCAUUCCUUCCUGACAUCCAAAAAAUAUAGAGGUUUAUCAAGUUCUGAUCCAAAAUUGUCAAAAAUGGCAUCCAAGAAGGAACUGACUAGCGAUCAGCGGUUUAGGCAUGUUACAAAGGACCCUAGGUUUUGGGAAAUGCCAGAAAAAGACCGCAAAAUCAAGAUUGACAAAAGAUUUCGGGCUAUGUUUCAUGACAAGAAGUUUAAGUUGAAAUAUACUAUUGAUAAAAGAGGCCGCCCUAUUAACCACAGCUCUACAGAGGAUCUGAAACGGUUUUAUGAUCUUUCAGAUUCAGACUCUGAUCUUUCAGGAGUUGACACCAAAGUAUUUGCUGGAAAGAAAAUGAAGAAAAAAAAGUCAAAAUCGAAAGGAGGAAUAGACUCUGGGAAACUGCUUGACAAACCUACUGAAGGGGAAAGCAAAAUAGUUAAUCAGGAAAUGGGCCACAAAUGUGGAGCUCCAUUGAAAUCUGAUGACUCCCAGAAUGGACAGAAAAGCAUCACGAGGAUUGCCAGCUUAUGUAGCUCAAAGUUGAAAAAUGACUGUAAGAAAAUUAAUGUAGAAAUUGAUCCUACACAGGAUGAUAAAGGUCUUGUAUGGAAAGGGAAAAAUAAACAAAUUAUAGUGAGCUCAGAUUCAUCUCUAAGCAAACAAGAGUCUUCAAAAGCAAGUAGUACUAAAUCAGUCAAGGCUCCCAAAACAAAGUUUUCUUUAGAGGAAAAGAAAACUGAAUCAGAAUCCAAAGAUGACGGAGAAACAGGAGAGGAAGAGGAGUCGGAAGAUGACGGAGAAACAGGAGAGGAAGAGGUGUCGGAAGAUGACGGAGAAACAGGAGAGGAAGAUAGUGAUGAUGAUUCAGAAGAAGAUGAAAGUGACAGUGGGCCUGAUCUGGCUAGGGGGAAAGGAAAUAUUGAAACCAGUUCUGAAGAUGAAGAGGAAGAUGAUAUGUCUGAAAUAUUUCCAAAGGAGCCAGAGAUCGAGCAUGCCUGGAGAGAACUGCAUACAGAUGCUCCUCGUGCAGAUGAGAUAACAAGUAGAUUGGCAGUUUGCAACAUGGACUGGGAUAGGCUGAAGGCUAAAGACCUACUGGCUUUGCUUAAUUCUUUCAUACCCAAAGGGGGUGUUAUAUUUUCUGUAAAGAUUUAUCCUUCAGAGUUUGGAAAGCAGAGAUUGAAAGAGGAGGAGCUGCAAGGACCUGUAGAACUAUUAAGUCUUCCAGAGGAUGCCACAGAGAAAGAUUGGAUUUAUAGGGAAAAACUAAGGGAUUAUCAGUUCAAACGACUGAAAUACUUCUAUGCAGUGGUAGAAUGUGAUUCUCCUGAAACAGCCAAUAAAAUUUAUGAGGAGUGUGAUGGACUGGAAUUUGAAAGUAGCUGUUCUUUUGUAGAUCUCAGAUUUAUUCCAGAUGAUGUUACAUUUGAUGAUGAGCCAAAGGACAUAGCCUCAGAAGUGGAUGGAGCUGCAUAUAAACCAAAGUACUUCACAUCUGCUGCUAUGGGAACAUCAAAGGUAGAUAUUACAUGGGAUGAGACAGAUCAUGAAAGAAUAACUUCGCUACACAGAAAUUUUAAAAAAGAUGAACUUCUUGACAUGGAUUUCCAAGCUUAUUUGGCCUCAUCUAGUGAAGAGGAGGAAGAGCAACAAGGUGGUGAUGUAGCCCAGGAAACAGAAGAUGACAAACCCAAGAAAAGCCAGAAGGAUGAUGAAGAACAAAUUGCCAGAUACAGAGAACUCUUGCAGAGUAUCCAAGAAAAAGAGAAGAAACGGGAAGAAAAUGAUAUGGAAAUGGAGAUUAAAUGGGUUCCAGGACUGAAAGAAACUGCUGAAGAGAUGGUUAAAAGCAAGUUGGAAGGAAAGGAUAAACUAACUCCAUGGGAACAAUUUUUAGAAAACAAGAAAGAGAAAAGAAAACUGAAAAAGAAAAGAAAGGCUACUGCCAAAGAAGAAUUGAAUGAAGAUGAAUUUCCGUCUGACGUUGACUUGAAUGACCCAUACUUUGCUGAGGAACUUGGGAAAACAGGUUUAAAGAAAAUAUCAAAGAAAUUCAAGACAGAAGAAAGUGCCCCAGAAAAAGAAGCAGAGACAGAAAAGCACAAGGCUGAAAUGGCACUGCUUAUGAUGGAUGAUGAGGAGGAUGACAGAAGACAUUUUAACUAUGAGAAGAUUGUAGAACAACAGAACCUGAGCCAGAAGAAAAAGAAACAACUAAUGAAAAAGGAGGAGUUGUUAGAAGAUGACUUUCAGGUGAAUGUUGCUGAUACAAGGUUUCAAGCACUGUAUACUUCCCACUUGUUUAAUUUGGAUCCUUCUGAUCCAAACUUCAAAAAGACAAAAGCAGUGGAAAAAAUUUUGGAGGAGAAAGCUCGCCGAAGAGAACAAAAGCAGCAGAAUCUUGCAAAACAGAUGCAGGAGAAUGAGAUUGGAAAGAAGGGAAACAUCACUAAGAAAUCUGUAGAUCCUGCUUUAUCAAUGCUAAUAAAAUCUAUCAAAAAUAAAACAGAACAAUUUCAAGCCAGGAAGAAACUGAAAAUAAAAUAAAGUC